UUCGUCAUAUUAAAUAAGUCGUAUAAUUUAUUUUUGAAUUUUAUUUUUCCGUCGAUUGGUUAAGUUUAGAUGAGAAAGUAACUUUUCAAAACCAACGAAUCAUCUUAUAAAGUUAUUUGUAAACCCCAAAAAGGUCUUGGUACGUAAUAUUUUAUCAACCAUAGCAAGAGAGAAAAAUGGAUUCUUCAGGAAGUUCGACAUUGACCGGUGCUCAGAAAGAUGAACUAAUGGAUCAAGUAAAGCAAGAAUUUGCCAUAGCUAAUUUUCAAGAACUGCUUACAAAAAUCUCAGAAAAAUGCUUCAAGGUCUGCAUUUCAAAACCUGGCACAAGCUUGGAUAAUUCUGAACAAAAAUGUCUAGCUAUGUGUAUGGAUCGAUACAUAGACACCUAUAAUAGUGUUUCUAAAGCAUACACAAAACGAAUACAAUUAGAAAGGAAUUGAAUCUAAUAGAUUAUUUGUUAGUAAAAUAUUACACGUUAUAUUUUAUACAUAAAGAUUUGUAAUCUAAGGCUUAUAAAAAAUUAAGUCAACUGAAAUUACUGAGUUGAA